GUACGCAAAAGAGCUCUUUUGCCUUUUCCUUUGGAGAAUGGAAAAGGCAACAGAGCUUUGAUGGUUUCCUCGAUUUCGCGGAAUCGCCCUCUGAACUGUCCUGUAAAAAGCAUCUGGAAAUCUGGAAUCUUGUUCGGAGUUUCAGAAUCCCAUUAUAAUUUCGCCAACUUUUGGCUACAGGUCGCUUUCUUCUUCAGAUAGAAGAAAUACUCCAACCAGACGGCAUUAGAGCGGUGUAGGGUUUUUCAGAGGAAUAGGACGCGAGACAGAAGGAGAUGGCACCUUUGCUUUCUGCCGCCGAACAAGCAGAACAGCUGAAGCAAGAUGGGAACAACUGCUACCAGAAGAACCGGUUUGCUGCAGCCAUUGAUGCGUAUACUGAGGCGAUUACGCUGUGCCCUAAUGUUCCCAUUUACUGGACAAAUCGUGCUUUGUGCCAUCGGAAACGGGAUGACUGGACAAGAGUGGAAGAGGACUGUAGGAGAGCAAUUCAACUUGAUCAUAAUUCUGUUAAGGCACAUUAUAUGCUAGGACUUGCUUUGCUUCAGAAAAAGGAGUUUGCUGUAGGUGUCAGAGAAUUGGAAAAAGCAUUGGAUCUUGGUAGAGGUGCUGAUCAAACUAGUUACAUUGUAGAGGAGAUCUGGGAAGAGCUUGGAAAUGCAAAAUAUUUAGAGUGGGAACAUGAAUCUACAACCCGUGCUUGGGAAAAGCAGAAUUUGAAAGAGGCUUGUGAGGUUGCUCUGAAGGAGAAAUGUUUACUUGAUAGCACAGAGAAGGUGAGGAAAGAAGGGUCAUCUUCAUUUGGACAUUUAAUAUCUCUCUCGGAAAAACUCGAGGCCUUAAAUUUAGUCUUUGAAAAAGCUGCAGAAGAUGAUACACCAACUGAGAUUCCUGAUUACUUGUGCUGUAACAUAACAUUGGAGAUUUUCCGUGACCCUGUCAUUACACCUAGUGGGUUUACCUACGAGAGGGCAGUUAUCCUUAAUCAUUUGCAGAAGGUGGGAAACUUUGACCCAAUCACUAGAGAUCCAGUGAACACAUGUCAGCUGGUUCCCAAUCUGGCUAUCAAAGAAGCAGUUCACGCAUAUCUGGCCAAGCAUAGGUGGGCCUACAAGGCGGAGUAAAGAGCUAAGGUCACCGGGCCCACACCAUCCCACUCACGUAAGGUGCCUCUACCUUCUUUAAGUGCAGUUCACUUGUAACAUCGGUUUAUGGUCUUGAUCGAAUUGUGUACAUUAUUAUGGACCAUGUGUGCAUAUGUGUGCACAGCAAGGAACCUAUUCUUAUGUCUCCUACCCACCUACUCGGGGACCAGCUUAGAACUAGAGAUAUCUGUUCUACUUGUAGGGAGUGUUUUUGUUAUGUGUCUGCUUAUAUAUAUAUAUAGUACUAGAGUAGACUAUCUAAGGGCUAUAAGUGAUACCAUCAAUACCAGCCAUUAUGGGCACAUUUUAGCUAUAGACCUUAUUGUUCCAACUUUCCAUCACUAGAGAUCGGGCGGGUUUUCCCACAGAAAUGUGAGUUAGACACUGUUCUAGGGAGAAAGACUGGAAAUGGAACCUGGCCACAAACUCUUCCCCUUCUAAAAUAAGCAUUGCACUUUCUUUGAAGUUUAUCCUUUUUUAAGUUUAGGUUCUCUACUAUGUUAUCAGAACUGAACCGGUCUGUUUGGUUGCCCU